UUUUCCCUUUCCCUUUUCUUUAAGCUACUGCCUCUCUCUUCUUCUUCUUCCUUAUAUAUAUCAAUGUUGGCAGCCUCAGAUCUCUAAAACUCAUUUUGAUCUGGGUUUUGCUUCUUUUUUGUUUACGUGCAUUAGUUUUCAAGUUCUAGCCUGGCUGUGGUUUUUUCCUAUAUCACCUUAAUUACUCUGGGGUUUGAGGGUUAAUUUUGGAAUUAGACAAGUUUGAGGUGGUUUAAUUUUCAAGUGUGGUUUGCUAAUCAGUGGCCAGAUGGAGGUAUCAACGGCUCUGAUGAUCUUAUCAGCUUUUGCUGCGUACUUGUUGUGGUUCAAGAUCCUCUUACGGUCCAUGAACGGCCCGCGUGUCUGGCCUCUAGUGGGCAGCCUGCCGGGCCUGAUCCAAAACGCGAACCGGAUGCACGACUGGAUUGCAGACAAUCUCCACUCUUGCGGCGGCACGUACCAGACCUGCACUUCCGCCAUUCCCUUCCUGGCUAGCAAGCAAAGGCUCGUGACUGUCACGUGCGACCCCAAGAACUUGGAGCACAUUUUGAAGCUCCGGUUUGACAACUACCCCAAGGGCCCCACCUGGCAAUCUGUGUUCCAUGAUUUGCUCGGUGAUGGGAUCUUCAACUCUGAUGGUGACACCUGGCUGUUCCAACGUAAGACCGCCGCACUGGAAUUCACCACCCGAACCCUCCGCCAAGCCAUGGCUCGGUGGGUGAGCCGCGCCAUUGAGCUCAGGUUUUGCCCCAUUCUUGAGACGGCUCAGAAUGAAGCCAAGCCGGUGGAUCUUCAAGACCUCUUGCUUCGGCUCACAUUUGACAACAUUUGCGGGUUGGCUUUCGGGAAGGACCCACAGACGCUGGCGUUGGGCCUUCCCGAAAACGACUUCGCAAAUUCUUUCGACCGAGCCACUGAAGCCACGCUGCAGCGCUUUAUCUUGCCUGCGAUUAUAUGGAAAUUCAGAAAAUGGCUCCGACUCGGAAUGGAAGUCAGCUUGAGCCAGAGCCUCCAACACAUCGACCAGUAUUUAUCCACUAUAAUCAACACACGUAAGCUGGAGUUGAUCAAUAAGGAACAAGGUUCGAAUGGGGUCCCACAUGAUGACUUGUUGUCCCGGUUCAUGAAGAAAAAGGAGUCCUACUCGGACACAUUCCUCCAACACGUGGCGCUCAACUUCAUCCUAGCUGGACGUGACACAUCAUCGACGGCGCUGAGUUGGUUCUUUUGGUUGGUGAUUCGAAACCCACAAGUGGAGGAGAAAAUCCUUGCUGAAGUUUGCACUGUUCUGAUGGAGACACGUGGCAGUGACACUUCCAAAUGGGUCAAAGAGCCCCUAGUGUUUGAAGAAGUUGACCGACUGACAUACCUUAAGGCCGCGUUGUCCGAGACCCUAAGGCUGUACCCUUCAGUGCCAGAAGACUCCAAGCUAGCAAUAAACGACGAUGUUUUGCCAAGUGGAACUUUUGUACCAGCAGGCUCUGCAAUCACAUAUUCAAUAUACUCAGUUGGUCGCAUGAAGUACAUCUGGGGUGAAGAUUGCCUUGAAUUUAAGCCCGAAAGGUGGUUAUCUUCUGAUGGCCAAAAAAUGGAGGCACAAGAUUCUUACAAGUUUGUGUCCUUCAAUGCUGGUCCAAGAAUUUGUCUAGGCAAAGACUUAGCUUACUUGCAAAUGAAGUCAAUCGCGGCCGCAGUGUUGUUGAGGCACCGGCUCACAGUGGUUCCGGGCCAUCGGGUGGAGCAAAAGAUGUCACUGACAUUGUUCAUGAAGUAUGGCCUCAGGGUUAAUGUGCACCCUAGAGACUUGAACCCUAUUUUGGAAAAGAUAGGGAAAGGUGUUAAGAUGGUGGCUGGGAUUGCUUAAUAGGGCUAAGUUGCUUGGUUUCGAGGGCAUAGCCUGUGAAUAUGAUUAUACAUAUGUAAUAGAGUGACUAAAUAAGGUAAAAAUGUUGGCAAUUAAUUACGGUCAACACCACAUACGUCGUCGUAUGGUAAUGCUUUAUUUUACAUACCAUACUAUUUAGAGGAUGUGAAACAUUAUGUACUAUGAAAAUUUUGUGUGUUAAUUAAAUUGUGCUUUUUCGAAAA